AGGGCAACGUCCUGACAAAUAGUCUCUCCUGGACAAAUAUGUCAGACUGCUCUCGUCUGAACAGUCAAAAUGGAGGACACAGAAAGUUCAGGUGGUACUUUUGAUGGCGGAUAUAACAAACUGAUUAGUCAAGAGGACUUCGGCACAGAUGAGAAUCCUCUCUACUCAAGACAAGACAAGCCACAAGUGUCCAUGUCCAUGGUGAGACCCGAAUCCAUUUUGAAUCAUUACAAGCGGCUCACAGUCAGCCUGACGGUGCUGGCUGUCAUUCUACUGGCAGUUGAUAUUGGCCUGGGAGUCUACUAUAGAAAGCUCACUGAUGGGGAGCGUAUUGUGAUGGACAUCAGCGGUGAGGUGUCCAAAUUGCAGGCUUCAUACAACACGGCAAUCCAACGCAGGGACGAAGCCAAGAAACAAUUGGCACAAGCGAUCAGUGAGCAGCAACUAACCAAGUGGGAGCUUGAACACGAGAAGAGAAGAACUAAAGACUACGAGAAGCAGACUGACAGAAUUAGAAUGGAAAUAGCAGCGUUGAAAUCCCAUAUGCCAAUGAUAAAGGAAGGCUGCAGACACUGUUUACCAGGAUGGACAUACACAAACUCACUGUGUUACUACUUUGCCUUCUCCGAAGCCAUUUCACGCAGACCAUGGCAGGAAGCCAGGCUGUUCUGCACAAGAAGAGGCGGCGACUUGGCAGUGGUAGACAGCAGAGAGAAACACCUGGCAAUAAGCGAAUUGCUAAAUAAUUAUCAAGACCCUUCGCGACAUAUAAGUCACAGUGGCUUCUGGAUUGGACUGAGAGAUGUGGAGGAAGAAGGGAUUUGGAAAUGGCAGGAUGGAACAAGACUGUCUGAAGGGUACUGGAAUGAUGGAGAGCCCAACAACAGUGGCAAUGAAGACUGUGCAGCUGCGUAUCCCAGGAGCAAUCCUUACAAGUCCUGGAACGAUGCUCCAUGUAGUCAUGACCUGAAAUGGAUUUGCGAAAUGGCACCAAGACUUACAAGUUAAAGUACGCUUUAUAUAAAACAUUUACUUUAUGUUUAAUUGUUUGAAUGAAAAAUUGACUCCUUCAAGGCUUUUACACGUCAUCCGAUUUGGUCUUUUUAUUGUCUGUUGGUACUACAAAAUGGUCAAGUAGUUUAAAAUACAGAAAAUACAUCUGCUUCAUGAAGUGACUAUAAAAUGAAAAAAAUAUUUUACUGUAAUAAAUAAAAUAUUUACCUUUACUAUGUA